AGUUGUUUGGAGGCCCAAUGGGAUUGCAUUGUUGGUGCUAAAAACAACCCCUUUCACAUUGUGGCCGCACAGAGAGACUGCCUAUAAAACACUGUGCUCCUGGGGAUACCUUUCAUUCUGCAACAAUUCCAAUUAGACAAUGAGCAUAUAUUGAAAAAUCAAUCAUUCCAUUGGCAAAUAGUUGGACAGAAUUAAUCCCAACUUGUUUUCAUUCUGUUCCAUUUGUAUUUAUUUCUUUCCCUACAAUCACUUGUUUACUCACCGUACUGCCAAGAUAGGAAUAUUAUUUCUCAACAUCACAAAUAGGGACAAGUGAUAUCAUUAAGUAGUAGACUAAAGUAUAGCACCCUGUUGGGUCAAAAAGUGAAGCUCUGAUAUAUGAGCAGUAACCCAUAACAGGCCACACUAAUUGGCACUCACAAGAAUCCAGUUCGGCAUAUACAGCCAGCAAUCUUGCCUUAUCUUCCCACUUCAAAGACCUUCCUUAUUUCGACGUAUCCUUGCAUCUUUCCAAUUCCUCCCUUAUAGCUGUCAAAUUUACAUUCAAGUAUUCCGUAAUCCAACAUUUUUCAAAACGAGAACAUCAUUUUUGUUAGAUCAUAACUGCUUUAAUUCACUACGCCAGAUAGUCUACUUUAGCUGCGCGUCCUCAUAAGCGUUGUUUUAACUAUUGUCUAACUCUGAGUUGUGAGCUAACUGUUGUCAUAAUUUUUGAUUAGGGUCCAAAUACUUAUAUUUGAGUGAGUUCUUUGGGCUGCUAUCCUAUAUUGUGCCAUGAGUAGUAAUUUUCCUGCAGCAGAAGCAGCAGCAGCAGAAGUUACCUCGGAUGAGUGUGAAAGCAUUCUCCCAAUCAUCACAGCCCUACCUUCUUCUCCUUCUUCUUCUUCGGAAUCUCUCCUAGCCUCCAAGGGUUCUCCUACUGCAGCUGAUUCACUUCCCCCGUCCACAGUAGCUGCAGUAGAGAGUAGCAACAUCACUUACUACGUCCACCCCCACCCCCACCCCCACACAGUAUCUGAGCAGACGGGGGGACAGGAAGAGGGAAGGGGCUGUGGGGGGAAGCAGUCAGAGAUCAACUGUUCAACAGCACCACUCAUCUGCCUCUACGGUGGAAAAGAAACAACAGAAUCUACAGCCGACCAUCACCUCACCACCUUCCUUAUAAGGAAGCAGGCCACACAAGAAGUGAGUUGUUCCAUUCGAAAAUCGAGGAAGAGGAAAUAUUGUUUGGAGGGAACGAUGGACUUUGAGAACGCAGAGUCAUACGCGCCCAACAAGUCCAUCCAGCAACAACAACAUCAACAACAACAACAACAGCAACAACAACAGUCAAUCACGGCAUCUUCAGCAGCAGAGUUCUCCUCUACACAGACGUUGCUGCCCCCCAAUGUGCAGAUUAAGAGGAAGAAGAGACCCAACUUCAGUGGCCUCCGCACCAUCCAGGUCCACAGGGGUCCCAAGGGGUUCGGGUUCACCCUGUGUGGCAACGCGCCCUGUUGUCUGGACUGUGUGGUCAAAGGGUCCCAAGCGGAGGCAGCGGGACUCUCCGCCGGCCAGUACAUCAUGACCAUCAACGGGGAGAAUGUUUCCACGUCCUCGAUAGAACAGGUGAUUCAACUCAUCAUGAGCUGCAGGGGCACGUUGACUCUGAAUGUGGCACGUGACGAGGACGACGACUCAGUUGUGAGUCAGGCGAAUGUGCGAGUGAAGCCAAGGUCACGCCCGAGGUCAUCACUCAUGUCCAAUCUACCCCAAACACAAACCACAGAGAGCCAUGCAGGGCAAAACCCUGCCCAGAGUACUAAACAACUCGACCAAAGCCCAAUUGAGCGGGCAACUGCGGAGAUUCUGCAGACAGACGCGUUCAACUCCUUCUUCAAUUCUGGAAGCAUGGAGUCGAGUGCUGGCACGUCUGAGAGGAGUCAGAAGAACUCGCUCUCUUCCCUCCCCUCCUCUCUGAACGGCCAUGCCAACAGUGGCACUAGUGGGGGAGGCACCAUGAGCAGCUUCGAGUCCCUGGAGGCCCCUGGGAAAUCAACGACCUCUGUGUCCACAGCCAGAACCCAAAACAACCUGCAAAGCGAGACCAGAAAGACUUCGCAGACUUCACUGCAAGCAAACUGGGAGCGGGAUGUGCCAGUGAACGGGGAGAGUAAGUCAUCGCUGAAAAAUCUGAACAACAGCGACGACAUCUGUUCAGCCGCGGAGACGGGCAGAUUUUACGCAGUGGUGGGGUACAUCGGCACCAUAGACAUCCCCCCACAGCUACAAGGUCAUCAGCCUUCAAUGCUCGCCUUCCUUCAGAGUUCAAUUGGGAAGAUGCAGUCGGAGCAGAAGACGACUUUCAUGUUACUGUUGGAAAUCGGCGAGAAACACGUUCGGCUAAUCAACGCGAAGAACGUGACUGUUACCUGUAUCGAGCUGGACGCAGUUCUCUGCUGCUUUGGGACUGCAGGUGAGACCAAACACUGCUUCGCCAUUCUGGCCCAGACCAGCCCCAGUCCCCUCCACUCACCUGCCGGAUCCUCGAACCAGUCCACCGGCACACCACUCAUUUCUUGCAUGCUACUCAGUGUCGACCCACAAAUUGCACAGCAUUCCGUGCACUUGAAAGCGGCAAAGAAGUUCACCAUAGCCUGCAGUCGCAUAACCAGUUCACUCUGCAAGGAGUUCCCCCUAAACUGCGGAGAAAUAGUGAACAGGAUCCAGGCAAAAGUAUCCUCCAAUCCUGCCAAGAAUUAUUUAUCCGAGCUAAAUCCGAACAAAGCAGAAACAUUUUGUCGCACAACAUCUGGCAACAGGAACAGUGCCGUUGUAGCGUGUACAGACAAAGCGUGUGAGAUUUGUGCCGGGCACACAAUGACAUUGAACAGUAAUGCAUUCAGUGUUAUGAAACAGAACCCACGGUCAGUUCUGAACCACUCUGUGAAGCAACAAAUAAUUAGAGCCCAGACCCCAGUUGAGGUGGUAGCCACUGUAGCCCCCAACCAACCACGACAAAGUGCACAGCCGUUCUCUUCACUCGAGACCCCCACCCACAGACAAUCGGAGCAUCGCACUUCCACUCUGCCGCCCUCAACCGGAAUGACCUCCAAGUCUCAACAUGUUCACGAUUUUGUCUACGGGGCAACCACGUCAUCGCAUAGAUGCCCUUCGGAAGUUGAAGAGGUAGACAGAGGUCAAAGCCUGCAGAGUGGGGGUGGGGGAUACUGGCCCAGAAUAGGAUCGUGGGCUGCCAGUUUCGACAAUCUGCUACAGGACCCUAUUGGCGUGGAAAUAUUCAGCCAGUUCCUGAAGAAAGAGUUCGCCGAGGAAAACAUUAUUUUCUACCAGUACUGCCAGCAGUUCAAAAGAUUGACAGACACAUUCCAAAUGAACGAGUUGGCAAUGCGGAUAUUCAACCAGCACCUGACCACCGGAUGUCCCCAUCCAGUGAAUGUAGACAACCAAGUGUUGAUGAGUGUGUGUGAGAAACUGUCCAGUAAUAUGAUCACGAAGGAUCUGUUCGAUGAUGCGCAGCUGCAGAUCUACAAACUGAUGAAGUUCGACCCCUACUCCAGAUUCCUCAAGUCAGAGGCUUACAUCAACUGUGUCAAAACAGGGAAUCCAUUUGCACAGGGCAAAGCAGCAGUAGCAGCAGUCGUGGAGCCCAAAAAACUGAUCACAGCGGGCAACCAGAGUAUGGCAUCCAGCGAUGCAACCAGCGAGGACUCCAACCAACCGGACAACAAAAAGCAUAAUAAUUUGUUCCAAAGCAAAAAGUCAAUUCUUCCCUGGAAAAGGAAGCCGAAGUUAUCGAGCAAUGACAUGUCGUCGGACUCCUCGAUGAAGUCGCUUGAAAAAUCCAAAGGAAUAUCCCAGUCGUCGGACUCGUUGCUCCUCUCUGUUCCCAGCUCGACCACCCUCGAGUGCCAGACCCAGUGCAGAGUGUACCUUCCCAAUGGAUGUCACGUGACCAUGGACUGUGCACGGAGAGAGUCGGUGGGCUCUGCAGUGGCUGCACUCUGCAACGACUACAACCUCAAGAUGAAGUGUCUGGAAAUAGUGGACGGGGAACACAAGGCGAUCAACACGGGAGAGACGAUUGCCAACUACGGAGGACGAGAGAUUUACCUGGAGCGAAGAGUCUAUUUCCGAGUGGAGUUGCCGAGCAGCCAGAACAUUGGGGUGAAGUCCAAACCGAACAUCUCCAUCAAAGACGUGUUCCAACCACUGUUGGUCAAGUACUGUCUAUCUCUCAACAAUCUAGUGUUGCGUCUUCACGAUUCCUCCAGUCCUCUCAACCUACAACUGGCAGUGGCAGUUCUAGACUCGAAGAAAGUGGUCGCUGAAACAAUCGAACAAUACACGCUGCACACUUCUGAGAAAGAGAACCGAUACCAACAGGCGCCCACCCAAUUGCAGCAGAUGGGACAUCAGCGUCGGACAGAACCCAGACAAUCGCAAAUGAGAAGACAGUCAGACCAACCAGCCAACAUCAUGAGUCAUCAUCAACUGUAUCAGAAUCAAGGUCAAGUUCAGGGCAAUCAAAUCACUGGGCAUAACUCCAGACAGCACUCACAGGGUCCCAAAGUGUGCAGAAAUCUAGGCUCAAAUAGCCAAGGAAGACCACAAGCUGCUGUUGCGCCAUCCCAGAGAACUAUAAGGCCAUCAAACGAGGAGCACAACGUAUACUCCAGCCACGAAACAGACGGGCAUCACCACAACCACGAAACAACUUCGAUGUCAAACCAGACUGACUUGAACCCCGAGCAUGGACACUUGUUUGGACUGCUGGCAAAAGUUCAGGGAUCGAGAAUGGACAACCAGCGGGGAAUCAUGAGUGUGUCCAAACUGGAAAUGCCAUCAUUCCUGGAACCAAAACAGUCCGCUGUUCCCAUUCUGCACUCAACUCCAGAGAAGUACGGCAGCUGCUGUCCCUCCGCUUCCUGUCUGCACUUGUUGCACGAGACACCGCUCCAAAGUACAAUGAUCUACCCGCCUCAGAAGGAACAGCAGGGGGGAGGGGGAGGAGUGAACAGGAAACCGCCGAGUGGAAAACAUAGGAGGGGGAGCAACUUCUCAGACCAGAGACGCCCUCUAGUUGACUCCCAGAUGGUGGAUGGAAUGAGCAGACAAAAUCCCAGAUCGCUGUCCAAAAUGAUCACUCCCAUUCCAGGCCACAUGGAUAACUACUACUACAUCUCUGAUGACUCUGCCUUCGAUAUAAACCCAUCACAGCUUCCUUCCCCCAGUUCACAAAUGUACCCUAUGUCUUCAGCGGUGCCUACCAAUUCCGAGGUCAUCAGUCGGAGUCCACUAGACACAUUCACCUCCUCAGUCUACGAAGAGGACAUCUACCAAGACAACAGAAUGAGGAGACCGAACACGACCAAAGUGAGCAGCAUGACCAGGUCCAACAGCACGGACUGGCUGGAAAAGAGCAGCGGCAGCUACGAGUGCAGAAGAGGAGCCGCAGACUACCCAGACCACUUCGCUGCCGGCGGACAGUCCUCUCUGUAUCCCUCGGGCCCAGAAGCCAGCACUUUCUCGUCCAGCACCAGCAACCAAAGACAAGCCAGCAACCUGCACUAUCCUUCCACAGCCAGCAACCAGUCUUGGCAGUCCAAUCCGGUCGAGGUGGCACCAUAUAACAUAGAUGACCGCCAGGGGAUGAACUCACAGCGAACAGACCAUCUCAUGAAUGACCAGCAGCACAGUUUGGUGGCACAGCCGCCUAAAAUAUAUCACGUGUGAGCGAGUGUGGAACAAAAAGUAGCAGCUGCUCUGCAAAUGACCAGAAAAAGUAAAAGCGCGUUCGCGAACAUAUGGACUAAUAAAACUUAAAGUCAAUUAAAGUUUAAUUUAUUCUACAGAACUAAGCUUAAAAUUUAAAUUGUGCAGUAUAUUUUUUUGUUUCAGUGUUAUAAGUGGUUCCUGCUUCAUCUCUCAAAUCUACUAAAAAAUUUUCUGUUGAAAAGUGGGAUUCCUGCAGCAAAAAUACUUGCACUUUGUACAUUUGCGAUAUUUUGAUAGUAGAUUCUUCUUCAGUUUG